AUGGGUGUUGGGAAGUCUAAAAUAGAUCCCUGCCCUCUUUCUCUCCCUUUGGGUAAAAGCCACAGUAUGGAUACAAGUCAGAGAUGUCAUGAGUCGGAUUCCAAGAAAUCUGACACCUUCCUGCAUGAGGUUGCUGAGCACAGCUGCUCAACAGAGACGCCAGCAGGAGAGCUGGCGGGAGCUGCGGGCCUGGAUGGGAUGUCUGAAGAGGAGACAGAAGAAGAGGUGUUCUUCAAAUUUGUGAUAUUGCACGCAGAGGAUGACACAGAUGAAGCUCUCAGAGUCCAGGAUCUGCUCCAGAAUGACUUUGGCAUCAAACCUGGCAUCAUCUUUGCUGAGAUGCCGUGUGGCAGACAGCAUUUACAGAAUUUAGACGAUGCUGUAAAUGGGUCUGCAUGGACCAUCUUGUUGUUGACUGAGAACUUUUUAAGAGAUACUUGGUGUAGGUUCCAGUUCUACACGUCCCUCAUGAACUCGGUCAACAGGCAGCACAAAUACAACUCUGUCAUACCCAUGCGGCCCCUGAACAGCCCCCUCACCCGGGAAAGGACUCCCUUUGCUCUGCGAACCAUCAACGCCCUGGAGGAAGAAAGUCGUGGCUUUCCUACACAAGUGGAAAGAAUUUUCCAGGAGUCUGUGUAUAAGACCCAGCAAACUAUAUGGAAAGAGACAAGAAGAAUGACACAAAGAGGAUUCACUGCCUGA